AGUAAGAUGAAAGAUUCGAAGCACAGUGCAUCAUAAGAGUUUUAAGCUCUUCACAAUGGCUGACCAAACGUUCAGCUGUCUUAGGACACUGUUCCUACUUUCCUUUGUUACGGCCCUUUUAGGAGCACCAACUCUAGAAACGACGACAGUACCAUCUUCCGAAGUGGAAGAGUAUACUUUAGCGACCGAGCUGAAACCUCCUCCAGUACCGCAAGAAGAGGAGCAUCAGUAUCUAUUUUUCGUAAUAAAUUUAUAUGGAGUGAAAAAUGCAAGCGGUGAAACUUCGGACGAAAUGUUCGAAAAUGAAGUCGCACAAAAGGUUCCAGAAUUAUCAGAACCUUUAGCGACUGUACUGCUGGUCAUCGAAGUCGACGACAACGAUGAAGAGACCAACGUUCCAGUGAAUCUCAACGAAGUCGCGGAUGAGUUGGAACAUGGCGAAGGAUUUAACGUCGAAAGAAUCAACGAUGCAGGUGAAACCAAAGUGCUCAGAGUGAAGCUCGAUAAGAGCGAUGUAGAAGGCAUGAUGCCAUCGAAAGCAAAGCUGGAAACGAUGAAGAAAUCUCGUAACAAGAGAACAGUGUGCGUGAAGUGCUUAGGUUCACCCGGAGGUGGACUUGGAGGAGGACUCGGAGGUGGAUUAGGAGGCGGUGGUGGAUAUGGAGGAGGAGGUGGAUUUGGAGGAGGUGGUGGAUUCGGAGGAGGAGGUGGAGCAGGUGGUGGAUACGGCGGUGGAUCAAAAGGUGGAUGCAAAGGCGGUUUAGGAUGCGGAGGUGGAUAUCCAAGUGGUGGUGGUGGAUAUCCUGGAGGUGGAUAUCCAAGCGGUGGUGGUGGAUAUCCUGGAGGUGGAUAUCCAAGCGGUGGUGGUGGAUAUCCUGGAGGAGGUGGUGGAUAUCCCGGAGGCAGUGGUGGAUAUCCUGGAGGUGGAUGUCAUGGUGGAAACUGUGGAGGAGGUGGAUAUCCUAGCGGAGGAGGUGGAUAUCCUGGACACUCUGGAGGAGGAGGAGGUUGCAGCACAUGUGGUGGUGGUGGUGGAAAUUCGUACGCUUCAGCUUCGGCACAAGCUCAAUCCGGUAGCUGGGGAAAAUAAACCAGUUGGAAUUGGAGGGUUAGAGAAGUCAUCAAUUACCUACUGCCUGAAAUGUUCUGAACAAAGUGAUACGAACAAGUAAUCUCAUUAAUUUUGCCACAGUGUAACGUUUGUCAUCUUGAUCACCUGAUUUGUAUAACUGUGCACAGAGAAUAAAAGACGAAAUAAGAAAUACAGUAAA